AUGGAUCUCGAGUGGCCUCCCCUCCAAGGGGAGUUGCUGACGAAGCUGAAGUCAUGCUUUGCAAGCCCCCGGCAGCUGCAUUAUGAUUUUGAUGAUAGCGAAGGUGCACGGAAAUUGGUAGAGGUGCUGGUGCCAGGAUUGGGGGCAGGCAAUGUUCAGCUUGCAGUGGAUCAGUUGGUCAAAUGGCAUAAGGAGGGCGCGAGCUCAGUGUUGCGUGCCAAGAGAAUUGCAAGAGCAGGUUUGUCGGAGAGCUUGGUGGGGCAGCAUACCGUCCCUGCAUCCACGAUUUCAGAGGCAUACGAUAAACUUGCACAUAGCAAUCCUCUCUCGCUUUUGCCUGCGAUCGAAAGGGCCAGAAAGGCAAGGGAGAACAGCGUGGAUCCAUCAAAGAGGGCGGCUGAGGAAAGGGCUGCUAAAGCCAAGUAUGCCACUCUCUUGUACAGCUUCUUGGUUGAGGCGAGGGCACCAAUAGUGGAUAUCUUGAAGGAAGUCACCGAUUCUGAAGAGGCAUGUGUGCGCAUCUUUGGAACACGAAGGUCAAAGACUUUGAGGAAUCGCUUUCACUCGUGGGGCAAGUUCGCGAGAUGGCUGGAGACUUCGAAGGGCCGCGUCUGGCCUGCCGGGCUGCAGGAUCUCUUGGAUUAUGCUACUGAAGCUGUGAAGGAGGGCGCUGGUAAGACGACCAUAGAUUCUUUUUCAGCGGCACUUUCUGUACUGGAACAGGUCGGACGUUUCGGGGAAGGUGAUAUGCUGUCAAGAGAUCCAACGUGGAUUUCGUACAGUAAGAAUGUUACUGCAGAGCUGGUGGAGAAGGGGCCGAUGUUGCACCAGGCGGCCCAGCCUACAGUAGCGAUGGCGCUUUCACUCGAGCUUUACGUGUUUGACGAAGAUAGAGCAAGAUAUGCAAGGGCAUUGGCUUUUGUUGCACUUCUGAUGCUAUGGGGGAGUAUGAGGUCCGAUGACGUUCAGUGCAUGAGGCCAGAGAGCAUGCGACUCACUAUAGAAGGACUGUCUUGCAAACUUUGGAAGACAAAGACGACGGGCCCAGAUCGAAGGAUCAACAUGGUGCAGGUCUUCAUAUCCCGCAAGGCCAGUCUCUCUGGCUUGGAUUGGCUGGCAAAGGGGCAUGAGAUUUGGUCAGAGAUCAAAGACAAAAGGGAUUUCUUGGUUUUGCAAGCUUCAGAGGAUUGGGAAACCUGCGGCAACAAAGGGGUCGAUGCCCCUGCAGUGUCACUCUAUGUGCGAAAGAUUUACAAGGAGCUUUGUGUUCCGCGCUGGGUCGAGGGCCGCUGGAUACAGAACAAGGAGCGUCUGUUACUUCCGGGGGAUUGUGCGCUGCAUUUCUCUGGACAUUCAGCGAGGAACUUUCUUACUUCGAUCGCUGCAGCCAUCAGGGUUCCUAAGGACGACAGGGACUUUCUUGGACGCUGGAAGGUCGGUGGAGGUGGCUCUGCUGACUACACAAGAACAGCUCGGCAAAUAGUGCAUCGCAUCCAGGAGCAGGUUGCAGAGACUGUCUUGCUUGGGAGAGAGCGGGGCUACGUGGAGGCUGAUGCUUUGGAUGCAUUGCAAAGUUUCGCAGAAGAGCGAGGCGAGAUUGGUGCCGUGGUCAGGGCAAGGCAUGAGCUCGUUAGAGCAAACAAAGUUGGGGGAAACCCCCGACUUGGCGGGCGCUACCCGCCCCUCUACAUGCAGAGCAUCCCCGGACCUCAUGUGAUCACUGAGGAGGCAGCGGAGGACCAGCCGGAAACCGCCGCUGCACCGAAAGGGGAGGCUAAGUACUUUAUCAGUGUAAGUAAGAAGACAGGAUUCCGCAGACUGCAUGUGAAUCACGCGUGCUAUGUAAAGCCCUUCAAGUGUCAGGAUGUCGUAUACCUUGAUCAGGUUGCUGCCACGGAUUUCGAUGCAAUUUGUAAGGAUUGCAAGCUCAGAAUCAGGUCGAUGGCCGAUGACAACAAGGCCGAAGACAGUAGCUCAGGGGAGGCAACCACUUCCUCGAGCGAUGAAGGACUCCUUUAA